AUGAUAUUUGAUCACGUCGAAGGAGCUUCAUCGAUCAUGGAUGACAUCAUCAAAUGGGGAAGCACUCUGGAAGAACACAACCUGAGGCUAAGUGAAGUCCUAGAGGCUACCCAAGAGUCAAAUUUGAAACUCAACAAGAAUAAAUAUGUCUGUGGUGUACAGUCAUUAACAUUCAUAGGAGAUGUCGUGUCUGCUGAAGGAAUGAAACCAGAUCCAUUGAAAGUCCGAGCAACCAAAGCUUCAAAACGCCCGAGUGUAAGAAAGAUGUUCAACGAUGCUUUGUCGCGCGCGUACGAGUCGACAGAAACUCUGCACGAACGUUCUGGUGAGGCGGAAGUUGAUGCUUACGUAGACUUCGUAAUGCACAGUAUUCCUGUAUCGGACAGGAAAAUGGAUGAAAUCAGACGUGAAUCCGGUAAAGACCCUGAUCUACAAGUGCUAAUAGAAACCAUCGUCAAUGAAUUUCCAGAUACUGGGUGUUCGUCAGCCGUUCUAGAGUACUGGAACAUCCGGGAUGAACUGAGUGUUGUAGAAGGUGUGAUCUUGAGGAACAAUCGGGUAGUGAUUCCGAGGAGUCUCCGAAAGAAAAUGUUAGAGAAAAUUCACUCGGGCAUUUGGGGAGUCCCCAAAGAAGUCCUUAGUGACGACAGUCCCAAGUUUACGUCAAGUGAGUUUCGAGAGCUUGCUUGGAACUAUGAUUGCAAGCAUACUACAUCCAGUCCCAACUCCCUACAGUUAAAUGGACUGGCUGAAUACCAUGCAGUGUGGUUGCGACAUCACUGUUCAUGUGCAGAAUGUGUUUCGGCUGCCACCAAGCAGGUAUUGAUAGAGAUAGACAUGUUGCCACUUGACAUCAAAGUUACGGACGUCAUAAUAGCAGAAAAUGGAAAUGACAAAGUGAGAAUACAAUGGGAUGACGGCCAUGUAGGAGAGUUUAGCUCAAUAUUUCUGAGAAAUUCUUGCUACUCGGAACUUAGUUUGAAGCAGAAAAAAGAUGCAACGAAGCCGUUACUAUACAAAGAGGAAACUUUGCUGAGUGUCACUUAUGCUGACUGUGAGGCCGAUGAGCAGAACGUGUACAGGUUGCUGAAGUAUGUCAACGAGCAUGGCGUUGCAUUGAUCAGAGAUGCUCCAGUAAAAGAUGACCUGUUACUCGAGUUCCUGCCAAAACACAUUGCACCAUUGGUUGAGAAUUCAUAUGGAAAGAUUUAUGACGUCAUGUAUAUGAGAGAUCCAACCAAUCUUGCCUAUACCCGCAGAAAAUUACAAUUCCACAUGGAUCUGGUUUACUAUGAGUCAGUGCCUGGGCUGCUCGUUCAUCACUGUCUUAAAUUUGAUGAAAGCCUUAUUGGGGGAGAAAACAACUUCGUUGAUAUGUUUGCGGUGUGUGAAGAAUUUAGAGAAACAAACCCAGAAGAGUUUAAGACGCUCUGCACUAUUCCAUCGCCAUUUUCAAGGGAUCAUUUUUCAAGAGAGAGGCCUGUUCAUUUGCUAAUGAAACGACCAGUUAUACAACUGAACCACGAUGAAGAGAUAAUUGGAAUUUACUGGAACCCAAGUGCAGCUGGUGUGUUGGAAAUUGCAGAGGAUAAAGUGACGGAUUAUUAUCGGGCAUACCAGCUGUUUGCUAGAGCCAUUUCAAACUUUCAUACCAAAACUGAAAUUCGUCUCAAGCCUGGAGAUAUCCUUGUCUUCAACAACAGAAGAAUGGUGCACAAUAGAAAAGCAUUUACAGCUGGAAAUGGUGAUCGCCAUUUGAAGGGCUGCUUCAUCGACAUCUCUGAUUACAAAAGUCGUCUUAUCCAUCUCUCAAGGAAGUAUGGCGAUAUGUCAACUAUAAAGCGUGUCGGCAACAUGGAUUGGCUUUAA